AUGUUACAGACGGGUCGAAUUGAUAACCAAAUAUCUUCAAAGUCCAUCGAGCAAUUAAAUGAAUUAGAAGAUACUAUACGCCAGUUACAACUAUCUGUUAAAGAUUUUGAUAAUAAUAAGCACAAACAACAACAACAACAACUAUCAAAAGUGAAUAUAGAACCAGAUGUGUUGAUAAAUAAGUCUAAAAUAAAAUAUAUUGAUCAUGAAACGGACAAAAAAUGGCAUGAAAAUAUUAAUGAAACAGCAGAAGAUAAUCCUCAAUGCGCAUGGCGUGCUUCAUCACCGUUAAACACGACAUUUGAGAUACGUCAGUUAUAUGAAACAUUACCAUUUGAUGAUGUCGAUGGUGGUGUGUGGAAACAAGGAUUUGCUAUAACCUAUAAAGAAUCUCAAUGGAGUCAAGAUAAUAAAUUAAAAGUUAUUUUAAUGCCACAUAGUCAUUGUGAUCCUGGUUGGCUGUACACAUUUGAAGAAUAUUUUGGUCGUGCAACAAAAUCUAUUAUCGAUACAAUCUUAACAGCUUUAUCAUCAAACUCAAAAUAUAAAUUUGUUUGGGCUGAAAUAUCUUAUUUAAAUUUAUGGUGGGAACAAGCAUCUAUUGACAAACGUGAAUUAUGCAAAAAAUUAAUUAACAAUGGACAAUUAGAAAUUGUUACAGGAGGAUGGGUAAUGAAUGAUGAAGCAAACACUCAUUACUAUGCAAUGUUAAAUCAGUUAAUCGAAGGUCAUCAAUGGAUUGAUAAUCAUAUAGGUGAAGUUAAGUUAAAAAGUGCUUGGGCAAAUGAUCCGUUUGGUUAUAGUCCAACAAUGGCAUAUCUUCUUCAACGUACAGGAAUUCAACAUAUGGCGAUUCAACGUGUUCAUUAUCAUCUAAAAAAAGCUAUGGCAAAGGAGAAAAAGUUAGAAUUUUUAUGGAGACAAGCGUGGGAUCGCUCUUCUAGUACAGAUAUCUUAUGUCAUGUCAUGCCAUUUUUUUCGUACGAUAUUCCGCAUACAUGUGGUCCAGAUCCAAAAGUAUGUUGUCAAUUUGAUUUCAAACGAGAGCUUAUCUCUGAUAUAGCAUGUCCAUGGGGUGUACCACCCGUGAAAAUUACAAAGAGCAACGUUGAAGAACGUGCUUCACUAUUACUUGACCAAUAUCGAAAAAAAUCUCAAUUGUAUGAAACAAAUGUAUUAUUCAUACCAUUAGGUGAUGAUUUUCGUUAUGUUGGUGCAAAUGAGGCGGCGCAACAAUUUAAUAAUUACGAUAAAUUAUUUAAUUAUAUGAAUAAUCGAACAGAUUGGCAUGUGGAUGCUCAGUAUGGUACACUCAGCAAUUAUUUUGAACAACUUCAAUUAUCGAAGAAAAAAACAGAAUUUCCUUCUUAUGCUGGCGACUUUUUUACGUACGCUGAUAGAAAUGAUCAUUAUUGGAGUGGAUAUUAUACAUCAAGGUCAUUUUUCAAACGUUUAGAUCGAAUUGUUGAAUCUUAUUUAAGAGCAACAGAAAUUCUAUUUGCUGUUGUUAAUUUGAAAACAUCUGAACAUAAAAUAGAUGAAGAACAUUUUCCAAAAGACAGAUUCUACACGAUGUUAUCAACAGCCAGACGAAAUUUAGCAUUGUUUCAACAUCAUGAUGGUAUAACGGGAACAGCUAGAUAUCCUGUGGUCAAUGAUUAUGGAAAAAAACUAUUGGCAGCUAUUCGUUCAUGUUAUCGAAUAAUUGAAGAAUCAGUUUCAUUUCUGAUAUUAGAUAAAUCUUAUUCAUAUUCAACAAAUCAAAAUUUGUUGACAAUGGAUAGUUGGAUGGAUAGAUAUGACACACUACCCCAGAGAAAAUUAAUUACAAUGAAAACUGAUCUAAAAACUUUACAUAUUUUCAAUCCAACAGAUCAACGUCGUAUAGAAAUUGUUAAAGUAAUAAUUGAUGACUACAAUAUUCGAGUAUCAUAUCGAAUAUCAGCCACCUCAGUUACUCCCAUUCGAUGUCAAAUUGAUCCAAAAUGGGCAGGAAAACGCUCAAAUGAUUUUAUAUCAAAUCAAUUCGAACUUUUAUUUCUUGUUGAUAUUGAACCAUAUACAAUAAAAUCAUACAUUAUUCAAUAUACAAACGAUAAUCCAUGUCCAAUGUCAAAACUUGAAUAUACUGAUGAGAAAAAUAUACCAGCAUCGAUUAGUCCGUUUCAAUUGACAUCAUCAACAGGAAAAGUGAUUAAAAUUGAAAAUGAUUAUUUGACUUGUAAGUUUUCCAAACAUGGUGUAUUGCUUAGUAUUCAACAACUACAGGAAAAAAUGAGAUUUAAUGUCAAUGUCAUUCGUUAUGGAACAAAUCCAUCUUCAAACAGUGGUGCUUACUUAUUUUUACCCGAUGGUCCUGGACAAGAAGUGCCAGCAAGUUCAAAAAAUAUAAUUGUUCGUGUUCAACAUGGAAAUUUAGUGAGUCGUGUGGAUGUUUUACAUGAACUUUAUGGUCUUCAAUAUAAAUUAGCAAAUAUAAAUGGUUUGGAUGGGCGAAUUCUUGAAGUAGGUGCUACAACGUUUUUAACAAUUGAUCGAGAUAUUGAACUCGCACUACGUUUUUCAACAAAUAUUAAAAAUGAUCAAGUAUUUUUCACCGAUUUAAAUGGUUUUCAAAUGAUUCGUCGUAAAACAUACAAAAAACUACCGUUACAAGCCAAUGUUUAUCCGAUGUCAGCAAUGUCCUUUAUUCAAGAUAAUCAACUACGUAUGACAAUCAUUUCAGCUCAACCAUGUGGAGUUGCAAGUCUGAAUACGGGACUUCUGGAUGUAUUUCUCGAUCGUCGUUUGUUGAGGGAUGAUGGUCGUGGUUUAGGUCAAGGCGUUCUGGAUAAUCGAGAAAUAGUUAGUGUUUUUAAAAUUCUUAUUGAAAACCGUAAAGAUACAUUGAGUGUUGAUAAGAAUUCUCUUACUGGUUAUCCAUCGUUACUUGCACAUCAUUUAUCAAUGCAGUUAUUGUAUCCAAUGCAUACUUUACAAAUGAUAAAAGAUUCUUCUGAACCCUUAUCAAGAAGAAUACAUUUAUUUUCAAAUGAUUUUUCAUUACCUGGUGAUGUCCAUCUUGUUAAUUUUCGUACAUUAAAUGAUAAUAUAAACAGUGAAAAAUUUCAUGUAUCAGACAGUAUGGCAUUUAUUUUAAGAAAAUUUUCGUAUGAUUGUAUUCAGGACUACGAUAAAUUUUAUCAAUUCAAUGCAAUUAAAUUUGAAAAUAUUUUUAAAUCGGAACAAAUUGAUAGAAUUGAUAAAACAUCUUUAACUUUACGUCAUACCGAAGAAAAGGUUGAUAUAACAUCAAAAUUAGUUAUACCUGUUGCCGAGAUUGUAACUUAUCGAAUAAAAAUACGAUAA